AUGUCUGCCUGUGCACGGGCGAAAAGGGCCAUUCUUGACGCCGAGGAGCCAAAUCACGACACGGACCGGCCCUUCUAUCCUCACGACAAGUUGGGGGAAAUCUUAACCAGGGACCUAGUUGCCCAAGUCCUCGACUGUCCUUGUAGAAAUUGUCGGCAGUACAGGGAAGACCUCAAACUGGUCGGCCAACCUUCUGAUUGGAUCGAUAUAAUUCUCGAUGACGCUAUAUCGCUUUUCGCUCUGUUAAUAUUUAUCGAUGCGGCUCCAUUUGUAGCCUGCUUUCUGACCCGGCAAGUGAAUGACCAAAACAUCAGGGGCGUCGCGGAAAGUUUCAGUAACAAUAUCGGAGAGCAUUACUGGGGUCGUUUUCAUAAACAUAGGGGGGGCGACUCGAGGGUUGUAGCAGGGCAAUUUCGACGUAACUUGUUUCAGUUCGCCGUCCCUACUUUGACCAGUCGAAAUUAUCACACCUUUGAGGCAAAGACAAUAUUGCCUUUUGUCGAGCAGGAGCGGUUAGGCAGAACUGAAGAGGAUGGUAGUGUGGUGAAUGAGGGAGCCCAUGGCACAGUCUACGCCUUCAAGAUCUGGCCAGCUUACAAUGCACUUCCUAACUCUGAAGGUAUUGAAUGGUUCGUCCGGAAGGAAUUGGACGUGCCAACGCGACUAUUCGAUAUGGAGAGGAGAAACUUGGAGAUGGCGAACAGGCUUCAAGAUCCUCAUAUUGUCAGAAUCAUUAAGACCUACAAGCAUGGCAGCAAGUACAACAUAAUCUUCCCUCGCUCAAGGACAAAUCUUCGCGGUUACCUCCGAGAAGACAAGUUUGUGAACCCAAUAAGCCCGUUAGAGGCGAAUCCAAUCUGGCAGCAGGUUCUUGGGGUGGCCAGGGCCUUGGACCGUAUCAUUAAUUAUGACAUGGAUACAGGAUCUACCGACGAACUGGGAUACUACGGUUUUCACUUUGAUUUAAAGCCGGAAAAUAUCCUGGUGGAAAACGAUGACACUCUACUCAUUUCAGACUUUGGCCAAGCCACCUUCGUUAAACGUGGUGGCUCCUCACGAGUGAUCGGCCAUGGAGGCACUGAUACCUAUGCUCCACCAGAGAUCGAUAAUCUGAACGAGCGCCAGACUAGAAAAUAUGAUAUUUGGUCCCUUGGAUGUGUGUUAAUCGAGAUUGUGACCGUCAUUGUCCGAGGCUCUCGCGAUCUUGAUGAAUUUGAGAGACUCAGAGUGACUUCGGCAGCCAAUAUGACCGAUGAUCGGUUUUUUGAGACUGAUCCAACGUUCAUCGGCCCGGGAAGAAAAUAUAGGGUUAAAAAAGUCAUUUUGGAUUGGAUUCAGGAUCUGCCGAUGAAAGUCACGUCCCAGACGAGCAAAAAUUUCUUGGACGAAAUUGUCCAUCUUAUUAAGCACAUGCUCGCCGUUGAUGCCAGUGAUAGAGCACCGUCUGAUGAGGUUGUCCGGCACCUAGACGAUAUCCUUCGACAACACCAAAAAAGAAAUGACAUUCAGCCUGAAUUGAUACAGGCAAAGGAUGGGGAGUCAACCGUUGGUGAAACAAAGCUUGGCGAAAUCAAAUACGCUUUUAAAAUGGGGGACCCAGCUGAAUUGUGGUUCAAGGGUGUUACCACUAGCAGCGCUUAUUCCUUUGACGAUGAUAAGUUCUUGUUUCACACACCUCAGGAUGCGCAUAUUAUGCAGUCUGUUCUUACCGGGCAACACGUCAAACUAAGUUAUCAGGUUGAGAAGGUGGACUACAAGACUCAUGAUCGCCUUAGGAAAGCAAUUCGACAUUUUCCCAUCUCAAUCAAAAGUAACAACAAGCUAGAUGGAAUCGAAGAAGCCUGCGUCAUACAAUUGUGGAUAGAAACGAAUUAUACAGACCAGAGGCUAGACAGACAAUUGAACCGCGUUGAGCUAGAAGGGCACCCUCCACGGGGAUUGUCUCAGCCGAAAGAUGUACCUUUGGGUCGAGCGGCCAUCUUUCACUAUAACAGAAUUGUCGUUGUUCCCUUCGCCCUGAACUGGACAACCUGGGUAGACAGUAAUGUCACGGAUUCGAAAAUUUUGUACCUCAAGCCUAGGGAUCCACGAAUAGAUCCCUACUUCAGCGCAGCAACUCUCAAAUCCAGCAAUGACGAAUACCCUGAGAAUCAUUGCCAUCCGGGUAUUCCGCUCGACAUGGCCCUGUUGAGAGAGCAAGAGGAGACAAAUCGAUUUGAGUGCUCAAAGAUCACUAUUCAUUUUAAGGUCCUGCAAGGUACGCUUAUAGAAAUACCUCUUGGGUUCCAACGAACUACUGAAAAAGCGAGACACUAA